UCUCCAACUUCAUUUCAAGCGUCUCUCGGGGACUCUCAGCCUGCUCUCCCUCUGCGGCCUUCUCCUUUGUGCUGACCAACUUUUGCACACAGAAACAACGAAGAACCAUGGCCCAGCAACAGCAGAUUAGCCUCCCAGCUAAACUGAUCAAUGGAGGGAUUGCAGGCAUGGUAGGAGUCACCUGCGUGUUUCCAAUUGACCUGGCCAAGACCCGCUUGCAGAACCAGCGCAGCGGGCAGCAACUUUACAAGAACAUGAUGGAUUGCCUAAUAAAGACAGUUAAAUCUGAAGGCUACUUUGGCAUGUACAGAGGUGCUGCAGUGAAUCUCACUCUGGUGACCCCAGAAAAGGCGAUCAAACUAGCUGCCAAUGACUUCUUCCGCCACCAGUUGAGCAAAGAUGGGGGCAAGUUGACGGUGCUCAAAGAGAUGUUGGCCGGAUGCUGUGCAGGAAUGUGCCAGGUCACUGUCACCACACCCAUGGAGAUGCUCAAGAUCCAGAUGCAAGAUGCUGGCAGGCUGGCGGCCCAGCAGAGGGUGAUGCCUAGUGUGGUUACAGCUCUGAAGAUGGGGGGGACCAGUGCUGUGCUUAGUCGUUCUUACAACACCAGCCCUGCAACUCAAGUUCGCCAAGUGUCCGCCACACAGAUCACCCGAGAGCUGCUGAGGACCAAAGGUGUCACAGGACUGUACCGGGGGCUCGGGGCCACACUGAUGAGGGACAUCCCAUUCUCCGUUGUGUACUUCCCUCUUUUCGCACAUCUGCACCAGCUCGGCCAGCAUUCACGCGAAGACCCGUCCGUGCCAUUCUACUGGUCCUUCUUGUCUGGCUGUGGUGCUGGAUGCAUCGCUGCAGUCGCUGUCAGCCCUUGUGACGUGGUCAAGACAAGGCUACAAUCACUCAAAAAGGGAGCUAAUGAGGAAACCUACAAUGGAGUGGUGGACUGUAUCAGAAAGAUCCUGACAAAGGAGGGGCCCGGAGCAUUCCUCAAGGGGGCCAGUUGCCGGGCCCUGGUCAUUGCUCCGCUCUUUGGCAUUGCCCAGGUUAUGUACUUUGUCGGAGUUGGAGAGUUCCUGCUGGGGUACACCCCCUACAACCUUUACUCUGCAUAAACAAGCUGUUGCUCAGUUCUUUCUGCCGCUUCAUUAAAUUACAGGCAGCUUAUGGACCCAGUCCUCUCUAACUGUGUACCUCUUUUUUGUUGGAGGUUUUCAGAGUAAAAAAAGCGAAAGGGACCAGAGAGAUGCCAUUUUAUUACAAAAUGGUUUCAAAUCAUGCCUUUGGCGUGGCUAUGUCUUACCUAAGAGACAGACAUUGAAGCGUACCUGGCCACCUUAAUGCUUUCCUCCCUGAGGGACUUGACAGUCCAACAUUGAUCACCAGUUCAACCACAACAGACUUGACUCUGCUGCCCGACGAGUUCCCGUUUCCCUUAUAGUUGCACCCUACCUCCAAAUAUACCCCAUGUCACUUACCCUUCCCAGUAACUCAAACCUGCAUAUCCUUCCAACUGCCCCAAUCGUGGUUCUCACUAGGUAACUUGUGAGCUUUAACUCUGCAGCCGAGGCCUUCUGCAGUGGACUUGGAGAAGCUUUUUGCGGUGAAGGCAGAUCGAUGGUGGUUAAACUAGAGUGGUGAUGGACACGACUUAACUGGUGGCAUCAGCAGUGCUUUUGGGACCAAGUUGUCAGGAAACGGAACCACACGACCGACACUUAGUCACUUUCUCUUAAUUGACUGUGGUUGUCUGAGACUGGUCAGGUUUUUCUUGUCAGUUAGCGUAAGAGGAGCUCACACACGUGUGUUAUGUUAAGCCGAACAGAGUUGGGCUGUGCUCUUUCUUCAGGAACAUGUCCUGGGUCAAACUACUUAACAAUUUUACCAAUGUAAAUACAUGUCCUUUAUCAUUUUUUUCAGUUUUUUAAAACUGCAAAUUCAAAUUAAGGGCAGUUUUAACAUUGAAGUGUUAUCAAACCAGUUGAGAAGAUGAUUAUUUAUUUUUCAUACAUUUCAGACUAUCUCCUGUAAAUACAGAUUUCCAAGUGCUGAAUAAAUAUGUAUAAAUGCA